AUGGAGUUUCCAGAUAUCACCGCUGAUAUUGUCGAUGUUGCACCACCAUCUGAAGUGGUGGUGCCCUCUCGAGCCAAGAACCUAUCUCCUCUUCUGAUUGAAUCGUCUCUGAUGGCUAGGGCAAAAUCAAAAUCUAUUUCAUCUUCUUCGAAAGCUGCUGCUGCUGGGUUACUCAAGUUGCCAUCGAAGCCGAGCCAGUCCAAGAAAAAUUUUGUGGCUCCAAAAAAAAAAUUGGGCUUGGACUCGUCUUCUUUCCCCUUGACUGCUGCCAAGAAAAUAUUGAAGGCUCAUCCCCCUUCUCCGUCCUCCUUCGAAUCUGACCCUGAGGAAGGAAAAUCUGAGUCUAAAGCAACCCGUGAUACCACCUUAUCUGAUGAAACUGUUCUUGACAAUGCAGAAUCAGAGGCUGAGUCUGAUGAGCCAGAACAAGAAGACAUUGUCCCGUCUGAACAAGAAGCCAAAUCUGACACAGAGCUAGUUGCAACUCCUUUGUCAUCCAAGGCUAAAGGCAAGAGACCUAUUUCUGAUUCUACACCCUCUCCAAAACUUUCAGGUGUAAAUGUCAAACCUUAUUCUUCAACUUUUUGUUAUUAUGACAAUGCUUGUGAUAUGGUUCUCUAUGCUCAAAGGAAAUUUAUCAUUGAGAGAAAUUAUGUCUUGAGUGAUCAUCGGCCUUAUGGUGUGCUAACAAUGCUUCAAGAUCGAAAAUGGACAGGUUCUUUGGUUAAAUUUACUGGUUUUGUGGAUAGAAUAGUCAAGGAAUUCUAUGCUAAUCUUACUAAUGAAAAUAUUGAACCUAAAUCUCCUUUGUAUUGUAAAGUGUUUGUUAGGGGCCAUUGGUUCUCUUUUUCUCCACAAGAUAUUACCCUUGCUUUGCAUCUUCCUCUUGAUGUCGAGGAUGAUGAUGAUCUUGCUUCUCUUGACAAGGAUGCGAUUAUCAUUGAAUUAGUAGGGAAAAAAAUGGUAUGGCCAUCUAAUACAGUCAUCUCGGUCUCUAAUCUCACCUACACUUAUGCUGUCCUCCAUAAGUUUUCCACAACGAAUUGGAAACCAACUUCUCACACCGCAACUAUCUCAUUUGACAUGGCCUCAUUUUUGUACAAAGUGGGGAACAGAAUCAGUAUAAACUGGGCUAUGGUCAUCCAUGAUCAAAUUAUUUUAUUUCGAAAAGAAGACUUGGUGGCUCCCACUACUGCUGCUUCCUACAAGGCGUCUACUCCUCAUACUGAAGCCACUAAUGCUCCAUCAACCAAGAAAGUCAAGCCCCAAUCUCUGAAGUUUUCCUCGGAUGACAUUCCUCAUGCAUCCUCCUCUAUUCCCACAGAUUCCGGACUUGUUGAUACAGAACUAGCUGCUGUCCGAGCCUCUGUUGAUUCUUUCGCUUCUUUGAAAGACACAAAGGGGGAGAGGAGAGUUUUUUUCUCUUUACUUGUAACUAACAUUUGUGUUGAAGGUUGUACACACUUGGACAUUGUUCAUCAAGCUAUGGGAGAAGUCUUGUUUGUGAGUCAUUUUUCAGGAGGAAAAGUGCAAGUGUUAUGA